AUGGUGUUUCUGACCGCUAAGCUGGUGCAGAGGCUGGCCCUCUUCGUCUCGUUCGGCGGCCUGGUCAUCACCUUCGUCACCACCUUCCUGCCGCUGUGGAAGACGCUCAACACGGACCUGAACGAGAUGGAGAACUGGUACGAGGGGCUGUGGCACACCUGCAUCUUCCAGGACGAGCUGGGCCUGCAGUGCAAGGCCUUCGAGUCCUUCCUGGCGCUGCCGGGCGACGUGCUGGCGUCGCGCGUGCUGAUGUUCGUCUCCAUCGGCACGGGGCUGCUCAGCGUGGCCGUGGGCUUCUUCGGGCUGGACGGCGUGGAGCUGGGCCCGGGGAGGCAGCGGCUGAAGAGGGCGCUCCUCAUCCUGGGCGGGGUGCUGUCCUGGGUGUCGGGGGUCACCACCCUGCUGCCCGUCUCCCUGGUGGCCUACGUGACCGUGGUGGAGUUCUGGGACGAGAGCGUUCCCGACAUCGUGCCGCGCUGGGAGUUCGGGGAGGCGCUCUUCUCCGGGUGGUUCUCCGGCCUGUUCCUGGUGCUGGGGGGGUCCUUUCUGUUCGUCUCCGUGUGCAUGAGGGACCACGGCCACCGGCGCGCCACCCUGCCCGGCUGCCAGGGGAAACCGCGGAAACCGCAGUACCGAAAGACCGAGGUUUUGUGA